AUGACCUCUGGGGGCUGCUGUUCUGACAUCUGGCAGGUCAUAAGCCUAGUAAAGGGCAUGUUGACUAUUGACCCGGCAACCAGAUGGACAGCUGAUAAAGUUUCCAAACUGAAAUGGAUCCCAGAGCUGUCUGAACAUUUGGAUGAUGAAGAAGCAACUAAGAAUCGAUGGCAAAGAUGUUUUGACAUUUUUACCGAUUAUAGUGAGUUUGCGGACUCCUUAUCCACUUUCAGUCAGAUGCAACAGAUCCAACAGAAACACCAAAAUAGUGUGAUAUUUGACGAAAAAAAACCUCCCAAAAAAGAAUUUCACAUUCCAAGUCGAAACGUUUUAAAAAAGUAUUAA